AUGCCUCAGUUACCAAGCGACGUGUGGGCCAUCGUUUUGUGCUGGCUUGUAUCUAAUCAUGGCACUCUCUCCCUGAAGCCUUCAACAUUAGUCUCUCGUGGAAUUGGUCGUGAGGCCGACCGACUACUCUGGGAAAACCUCAAAAUCGAGUCCCUAGGCGCAUUGAUCACACUUUCAAGAAUGAUCCUAGCACGUGCACGUAUAUCUUUGCAUUUAUCGACACUUUGUGUGCAGACGACCGCCCCGGACUGUAUGGCAUUCAAACCUAUGGAUAUUAUCCAGGUCCAACAGGCUCUUAUGCGGUGUACAAAGCUUUCUGCGCUUGAAUUGUGGAUUGGGCCUGGGGCUUCGGGAGUCGAACUCAUUCGCGAGUUAGACAUACCUUCCUUGCAUGCAUUCUCCGCAGAUCUCAUGGUCGAUACGCAUUUAUUGAGGUUUUUGGAAAGGCAUCCCAGUAUCCGAGAACUUCACAUAGGUACUGAGACGGUAGGACCCGUUCUACCUAUUCACGAAUAUAUACUGCCCAAUUUACAAGUGCUAGAAGCUCCACUACCACUUGCCACUAUGCUGUUACCAUAUAGACCAGUUUCACACCUAAAGGUGUGGGCCAACUAUGGUCUAAGUCAAGAUAUGGCAAUCGCGGAUGCACUGCGCCUGAUCGACUGUAUGCGCCUCAGCACCACCGGGAUCGUGUCUUUUCGGUUUGAGGAUGGCCCCCCAUAUACACCUGCUAUUCACCAAUACGGGGCCAGUUUCUCUCAGCACAUGAAACUUCUGGGUCUGUUGUUUAUUGAUCGGGAAGAGGAGGACCAGGCACUCCAGCUCGCGCAGCUUGCUCCGAGCCUUCAAAUAAUUCAGUUUGAUAAUGCUAUGGCGAAUCAACGGACGAGCUCCGAACAGCGCGACUUUGUGCUUCGUCUCGGACAAGCAUUCAAAUAUCUUCGGUUGGUAUCGUUUGAGGACGAUUACCAGAAGACGUAUUGGGGAAGACUGAAGAACAACAAAUGGGCACGCCAUCGCCCACCUCCCCCAAACAAUCCGGAUGGCCAGUGGGUGCACGACAUGGCCCCAGGAUCAGCCGAGGAGCAUAAGGCUCGACCUAUCAACUCAACUACAGGCGAUGAAUCGGCUCGCCUUCUCGUCUCAAAUUUGCAUUAUGAAGUGACAGAGAAGGAUCUGUCGAUGAUUUUUGGAACUAUCGGAACGCUCUCAUGCGAACCGACCAUCAGGUACGAUCGUAGCGGUCGCUCAACUGGCGUCGCCAACGUAACAUUUACUCAUGCGAGAGAUGCGAAACUUGCUCAAAAGCAAUUGGAUGGGGUCAUGGCAAAAGGCGAGGCAAUGGUUGUCAAACUUGAUUCGCCACCGCCAGGUUCGCGACAUCAACCUACUGGACGAAACGCAACGAAUACAUUACUUAGUCGUAUGGAGAAAAAGCCUCUGGUUGAUCGUCUAGCAGAGGGCGCGCGUGAAGCAUCUAAAAAAAAUACCAAUGACAAGGCAGGACCCGGACCCGGACCCGGACCAGCGAGGAGCGUACGAGGGAAGGGGAAACCGACAGGAGGAAAAGGACCCCGAGCCAAACCUGCUCCCAAGACUGCCGAAGAUCUAGACAAGGAGUUGGAAGCGUUUAUGGGAGAGGGUGAUACCAAAGGCGAAAACAACAAGGAGGAGGAUAUUUCGAUGGCUUGA